UUUAAUGAAUUGCAAGUUAUUGAGGGUAAAUUAAAAACAUUAAGAAGAAAUGCCAUUGCGUAUCCAAGAUUAUCAACUUUAAAAUUGAUCAAUAAUGGUAUCCAGAAUAUAGAAACUGCAGCUUUUAGCAACAUGCCAGCAUUAAUUUAUUUAGAUUUAAGUGGUAACCAUUUAAAAUCAUUACCUUCAAAAAUGUUUGAGGGUAAUGUUCAAUUACGGGUCUUAAAUAUGAGUCAAAAUUCGAUAUCUAAUAUUUUACGUGAUACAUUUGCAAGAUUACCUGAUUUAAUUGAAUUAAAUCUUGAAAACAAUCAAUUAACUGUCAUAAAAAAUAUAUUCACAUCAUUAACGCAGUUAGAGGAAAUACAUUUAGUUGGUAACCAGAUUAAAGAAAUUGAACCGAAUACAUUUGAAGAAAAUGUUAAUUUAAAACGAGUCCAUUUAGGUUAUAAUCCAUUAUCAGAUUUAAAACCUGAUACAUUUCGAUCGGACACAUCACGAAUUGCCAAUACCUAUGUACCAUUUCAAUCGCCUUCAGCUACUAUAACGGAGUUAAAUUUGGGAUUAUGUAGUUUUAAAAUUUUAAAAGAUCAUUAUUUUCUUCAUUUACGCCGUUUAAAACUAUUAAAUAUUCAAUCAAACGAAAUUUCUGAGUUUGAAUCGAAUGAUGUUUUUAAAGAUAAUAUUCGAUUAGAGCAUUUACGUUUAAGUUAUAAUAACAUUAAGGAAUUACCUCCAGGUAUAUUCAGUCCUUUAAGGAACUUACAGUUUUUAACACUCCGAUAUAAUCAGAUUACAGAUUUGCCCCGGGAUUUAUUUAAGCGAAAUUCCAAAUUAAAGGAAUUGCAUUUAAGCUAUAAUGAAAUUUCUAAAUUAAAUUCAGAAGUUUUUAAAUAUUUGAAAAAAUUAAAUCAUUUAAAUUUAGAAGGUAAUGCUUUAACUUCAGUACCAAAAGAUGUUUUUGUUCAUCUAACUGAACUUAAAGAACUGUUUUUAACACGAAAUCAAAUAACCUAUGUUGAACCUGGUUCCUUUGAUAGUUUGGUUCACUUAAAAACAUUGAUGUUGUAUCAAAAUGAACUAAAACAACUAGAACCGAAUUUAUUUUUUAAGCUUAUUGAAUUAAAUAGUCUAAGUUUAAAAGCUAAUGGUGUCACUGACAUUCAAUAUGGAACGUUUAACAGUUUCCACGAUGGGUACUCUGAUGAAUCUUCUCGAAUUUUAGAUUUGGAUUUAUCCGGAAGUAAUUUAACGCAUUUAUCGUAUAAUAUAUUUGCUCCAUUAUCUAGAUUAAUAUCACUGGAUAUAUCAUUCUCAAGUGUAAAAACUAUAGACUUUGAUUUUUUCAAAUCUAUGGGAGAUACAUUACAAAUUUUAAUUUUAGCCGCAAACAAAAUUGCCAAAUUACAAGUAGGAAUUUUUGAUAAUUUAGAUAAUGUAAAUCAUUUAGAUCUGCAUCGAAAUUUGUUACAAACAAUUGAUGGUGAAUUAUUUAAAAACAUGCUGUCUUUAGAGAAACUAGAUUUAUCCGAAAAUAUGUUAGCUUCCAUACCAAGCGAGUUGUUUAAUAUUCCACGAUUAUUUGAAGUUAGAUUAAACGAAAAUCAGCUUAUUUAUUUAUCACCAGAGAUAUUUGAAGGUGAAGAUUGUUCCGUGGAACGGUUACACUUACAUGGAAAUAGAUUAACAUUCUUUGAUAAAGAUUUCCUUCAACGAUCCAAAUUAAAAUUUUUGCGACUGGGUUUCAAUCCCUGGCAAUGUUCGUGUCUAAAUGAAAUUAUGAACGAUAUUUAUCGUUUGAAUAUAGAAUUUCAUCCUGUGGACUAUUUCGAUGGAACUAAUCCAGUGUGUGUUGUCAGUAUGAAUGAAACUUGUACACGUGAAACAUAUUUAUCAGACGACUGUCUCAAACAAUACAAAUCUGUUAAACAUAGUAAUGUUAUUCGAACGGUUGAUUGGAAAACCAAAAUUCAGAUAUUUAGUGGAUUAAUUUUAAUAUUAAAUAUUAAAAAUAUUACAUCUGAAUGUGAAAGAAUUAAUAUUGCUAAUCGUUCUAUAGCAAAAUGUUAUUAUUCAAAUUUACAAAAACUAAAUGCACUGCAAGAUAAGGAUUUGUAUACUGAACUAGAAUCAAUUAGUGGAAUCAUAAGAAGACUGGAAAAAAAUGCCAUAGCAUAUCCAAAACUAUCUGCGUUAAAAUUAAGCGGUAAUGGUAUCCAAAAUAUAGAAUCCGAGGCAUUCAGAAACAUACCAUCGUUAACUUAUUUAGACUUAAGUUAUAAUCAAUUAAAAUCAUUACCAUCGAAAAUGUUCGAAGGUAAUGUUCAAUUACGUGUGUUAAACAUAAGCCAUAAUGCCAUAACGAAUAUUUUACGUGAAACAUUUGCACGAUUACCUGAUUUAGUUCAACUAAAUCUUGGACAAAAUCGUUUAACUAUUAUAAAAAAUAUAUUUACAUCUUUAACACAAUUAAAAGAAAUAAAUUUAAGCGGUAAUUUAAUUGAAGACAUUGAAUCGAAUACAUUUUUAGAAAAUGUUAACUUAAAACGGGUCGAUUUAGAUGGUAAUCCAAUAUCACAAUUAAAACCUGAUUCAUUUCGUUCAGAUUUAUCGGGAAUUGCGACCAAAUCAAGUUUACAUUCGUCUUCAAUUUUAGAAUUAAAUUUUGCAAGAUGUAAUUUUAAAGUUUUAAAAAAUGAUUUUUUCCUUCAUUUACGUCGUUUAAAAACCUUAAGAAUUUAUGCAAACGCAAUUUCUGAUUUUGAAUCGGAUGAUAUUUUUAAAGACACUGUUCGAUUGGAGCAUUUAAAUUUAAGUUAUAAUAAUAUUAAAUCAUUACCUUCGGGAAUAUUACGAUAUUUACGUAAUCUUUUAUUUUUGUCAUUACACCAAAAUCAGAUAACAGAUUUACCCGAAAAUUUAUUUGAACGGAAUGCAAAGUUAAAAGAUUUAUUUCUAAGCUAUAAUCAAAUUUCAAAAUUAAAUGCGAAUGUUUUUAGAUAUUUAAAAAAAUUAAAUUUUUUAACUUUAGAAGGCAAUGCUUUAACUUCAGUACCGAAAGAUGUUUUCGUUCAUCUAACUAAUCUUAAGGAAUUGUUUUUGACACGAAAUCAAAUUACCUAUAUUGAACCUGGUUCAUUUGAUAAUUUGAUUCACUUAAAAACAUUAAUGUUAUAUCAAAAUCAGUUAAAACAACUUGAACCUAAUAUAUUUUCUAAGCUUGUAGAGUUGAAUAAAUUAAGUUUAAGUUCUAAUGGUGUCACGGACAUCCAAGAAGGAGCGUUUAAUGGUUUUCAUGAGGGAUACACUGAUGAAUCCUCACGUAUUUUAAAUUUAGACUUAUCGGGAAGUAAUUUAACACAUUUGUCAUCGUAUAUGUUGAAUCCUUUAUCUAGAUUAAUAUCUUUGGAUGUCUCAUAUUCAAAAGUAAAAACCAUGGACUCUGACUUGUUCAAAGCGAUGGGUAAUACUUUACAAAUUUUAAAAUUGGGCGGAAAUAAAAUUGAAGAAUUGAAAUUGGGAAUUUUUGAUGAUUUAGAAAAUGUUAAUCUCUUAGAGUUAAAUAAAAAUUUAAUAAAAACAAUUGAUGGUGAACUAUUUAAGGACAUGCUGUCUUUAGAAAAAUUAGAUUUAUCUGGAAAUAUGUUAGCAUCUAUUCCUAAUGAGUUGUUUAACAUUCCACAAUUAUUUGAAGUAAAAUUAGACGAAAAUCAGUUGAUUGAUUUAUCACCAGAAAUAUUUGAAGGUGAAGAUUGUUACGUGGAACGGUUACAUUUACAUGGAAAUAGAUUAACAUUCUUUGAUAAAGAUUUCUUACAACGAUCCAAAUUAAAGUUUCUACGAUUCGGUCGAAACCCCUGGCAAUGUUCAUGUCUAAAUGAAAUUAUGAAUGAUAUUUAUCGUUUAAAUAUAGAAAUUUACCCCGUAGACUAUUUCGACGGCACUAAUCCAGUUUGUGUUGUCACUAUGAAUCAUACUUGCAGCCGAGAAACACAUUUAACAGAGGAUUUGCUCAAACAAUACAAAUCUGUUUAUCAACCAAAUAUAAUUCGGACGAUUUAUUAA